AAUUCAGAUUCUGAAAUUAGGUCGAAGUAGUAGGUAGGUAGUGAAUAGUGAUUAGAAAAGUAAUUUUUAGUAUAUAAAUAUUUAAGAAUAAUUUGCUGUCUUCAGAAAGUACAUUUGACUUUUGUUGGAGUAAAUUUCUAAUUAUGAUAAGUGAUUUUAUGAAAUAAUCUAGAUCCUAUGGUAUAUGUGGUGAAGUAAGGUAUAUGGAGUAAAAUGCAUCAAUUUAAACAGUUAAUACUUGAAGGAAUUAUUAUCAGAUGAAGUCUAGUGACUGGAAAAUAACAUAUGGCUGUAAAUCAAUAAAAUGGCUGAUAAACAUAGUUUAAACUAUGAGGUUAGAGAAUUAAAAUUGGGAUCAAGUUUCACUAACAAUAAAGCAUCACAAUAUCACACAAUUAAAUAUGACUUCAAGCCAGCUUCUGUUGAUGUUAAUAAAAUGGCCACUGUAGAUGUAGGAACUAACAAUCAAGUGACUGUAACUGUACCACAUUUAGAUGGCGCUGGCAUACCACAGACAGUGUUUAAGGGAAAUCAACGGCCUUACACAAAAGAAUGUGUGCUUAUAAUAGAUAGAGAUACAGGAGAAAUCACAUUAGAAAAAUUAUCAAGUAAUAUACAAGUAAAAAAGACAAGGCAAGAGUCUAUUCAAAAGCCACGCCCCUUAACUCCUAUUACAAGCGAUCUCACAAACACCACACAAAGAUCUACAUCGCGUACCCGUGUUGCAACCAAUCGUCGAACUAACAAUAAUACUGGUAAAGCCAAUAUGACAGCUCAAGUAACCCAGCAUCAUCAACGGUUUAAUGGUAGUGCAGCUCCCAAGGCUCAUAACAUGGUGCGUUCACCGCCCAGAGUCAAAACGUCUCCACCCCAAGCGCCUUGGUCAGCAGGCGGCAACAGUACACUAGCGUCGCUUCCUAUGAUUGGUCUGGACGACGCUCCCAAUGGUCCUAGCGCUCCUAGUGUGCAUGCAACCAGUGCACACGUGCCUAGCGCGCAUGUACCUAGUGCGCACGCUCCUAUCGCUCACAUCCCAAGCGCCCAUGUGCCAAGUGUGCACACCCCUAGCGCACCCAUUGUCCCUAGCGUGCAUAGUGCCCCUAUUGCGCACGUUCCACCACCGUCGCGGCAUCUGCCGCCUCCCGCGCCGCCAAAUCCAGCUACACAACGUCAAGAUGACAGCUCAUCUAGUUCAUCAAGUGAUAGUGACAGCGACAGUGGUAGCGGAAGUGACAGCGAUGAGAACGACUCUAGACCAUCUAUUCCUUCUGGUGCACCUAGCAACCCAGCCUUACCAACGGAUGUCCUUAACGACGAUCUCUGUUUGUCUGAAUCCGGCAGCGACUCUGACUGACCACAACACACGCCUUUGUUUCACGGACAUUUAUUCUUUUGAAUUAGUUUGCCCAGUUGAUAUCAUUAACCUCAUUAACUUUAUCAAGAUAAUUACUGUUGAACUAAUAUUGUCGUCAACAUAACAGAGGUAAUUUAACACGAUAUGUCUAAUGUCGCGACGGUCCUGUACGAACUGUUGGAUUUUUGUUGAAGUAUUUAAGUCUUAAGUUGUCUGUUACAGAAGAAAAUAUAAAGAUCUUUUUACAAAUGUGCUAUAAACAAAUAGGUAUUACAUAUUUGGCCUUAUAAUGCUUGUGGCAGUUAAAAAAGACAAAAAUAACUAAAUAAUACUAUUUACCUAAUUAUAUAUACAUAUAGUAACGAAAAAGUGAAAUGGUUGUUAUUUUAUGACUUAUAAAAUAAAUGAUGUGUAAUUAAUUUGUUUUGAUGAUUAAUAGUUUUACUUCUGAACUUUUAAUGAAUUUUUAAUCUUUCGUAAGUUGACGUUUGAUUUUGAAAUCUGUUGAAUCAAAUUAGCUAUAUUUAGUUGAAAUACUUGAAAUGCAUGCUCAAUUUAUGUAACAGCAACAUGUUAUAUUGCUAUCUUGAACCAGUUUUUUUGACAUUAUAAUUAAAUGGUUUGUAUAUUUCAUAAUAUCAAAAGUAGGUAAUGAUGGUAUCAUCUGGGUAAAAAUUGAGUACUCAAAACUUAAUUUUUGCAGGGUUACAUCAAGCACAAAAUUUAUUUAUAUUAGUUUUCCUCAAUAAAACAGUCUAUACUUGCUUGUUUAUAAACAUAAUUAAAAUUAAUUGUUCAACUGAGAUUCAUUAAUUGAGAUUCGCAUUCAGGACUUUUAUUUAUGCUUUGUUAGCGUACAUUAUGCUUUGUUCUAACAGCAUAAAGUGUAGUACGUAUAGACCAAUAAAGCUCUCAGCAUCGUAAACUAGGGAGUUAAUUUUUCGUACGUAGGCGCAUCUCGUACGUAUUAUACCUUAAUUGAUCGCUAUGAUUUUACAUGCUCCAUAAAUAUAUAAUUCUUAAAGAUUAGAAAAAUAUCUUCUAUUCAGUGAAACAGUAAUAAAAAAAUAAAGUCUUGAUAUAAUCCUGCCUAUAAUUCGUUAGAAUUACUCCAAUGUUAAUAAUGGUCAGUAUAAUGUAUAUUUUAUUAAAUUUAAACGAUUUUGAUUCGAGUUGAAUUUGUCAGAGACAUGUUAUUGGCAAGGUUAUUUGGUUUUAACGAAAAUAAAGUAAUUAUCUAUCUUUGUGUUAAGAUAUACGUUGCGACUUAGCGCGAAUUAUGCCUACAGUAUGUCAAUACGUUUUUGACAUAACGGAGUAAUUCUUACAGCUCAGUCUCGACUUUUUAGUCAUACCCUCAGUCUUUGGCGGUGAUAAAGUAGCAAUACAUAUACAAAACUCCGACGUACUAUGUAUGGUUUGUAUUUAAUAAAAUUUACAAUAUACUGACCGGCGUAUGUUAAAUAUAAACGUGCCUCAAUUUAUAUAGAUAAUAUAUUUUUUAUUUUAUGCCAAUAUGUUUAAUUAGAUAUAAGGGCUUUGUUCGGUAUCGCUAACGUUAUACAUAUUAGACUUAAUAAAUUCUGCAAUAAAUUAUUACAUAUAGUAUUUGUUAAAAUCUUAAAGUUAAGAAAUGUUGGUACUAUCAGCAAACACUGUUAUUACAGUUCAUUAUUGUUACUGCCCUCUAGUAUUUCGGAUAAUCGGCUUUAUUAUAAACCAUAGAUUGAAGGCAGUGUUUUUGUUACCAUGGUUAAAAAUUUAACAUACAUCGUAUCAAUGAUAAUAAAUAUGUUGCCUCAGUCCAAGCAUAUGGCGGCUUGAAACUUGUGUAAAUUAUAUAUUUCAGUCUUAAAAACAUUUUAUAUAUAAACUAAAAAUAUCUAAAAUGUAAAUUUAUUUUGCUGAUAGUACUUUGUGUAAAUAAUAAAUGGUACGAAUGCUUGAAUAUCGAUGUAUCCGAUAUAUUUUCUUUUGGAAAACGUCGCACGAGCAAUAAUGACACUUUUAAAACCGGUUUGUUCUUAAACUCAACGCGAGCAUUGUAAUCGUAAAUUGUUUUAUAUAUAUAUUCAAGGAUAGGAGUAAAUCUGAUUACUAUAUAAAUUAUAAAUAUUAAUUUAUUUAUAAAAACUAUACUGGCAUAAAAAUGUGUUUGUUUAAAAUCAUGAGUAGAGAUAUAGGAAUCUUUGUCCGAAAACAAUUUAUUCGGUAUUUUUUGUGUAUUUGUCUUUAGAAAAUUAUCUUUUAUUCGUCACGGUAAAUAAUCUGUAAAGUUAAAAUAAUAUAAAAAUUGUGUAGUAUAUGUUUUGGUUACACGUAUUUUAAUGUUUGUACUUACAAGCUUAAGACGUUUAUGAAUAAGGUUUAGAGUCGAGACGGACCGCUAAGCACUCCCGUAAUUCUUACAACGUCAAAAUCGUAUGAACGUCAAAAAAGAAACAUAUUUAAUGCAUCUAAUUUUACGUAAUACCUAUAUUUCUAAAACAAAUGUCUUCCACAAGGAAGACAAACCACCACAAGGUGGUUUUUGCUGACAGUCGCAUAUGUCAUGUCAUUUUUACAAAUAAUAAAAAAACUUAGUAGUGAGCCAAAAAUCUACGGCCCAGAAUUUUUUCUUACGAAAAUAAUUGUACGGAUUUUGAGGUAUUAGUGCUCAUAAAUACCAUACAUUUUAAUGUGAAAAACACAUAUGUUAAAAAUUAGCCAAAAAAAGUUGAUUCAUUAAUUGAUAAUAUUAUUUAUAUUUGAAGGUGUCAUUGAGGUCUCACGCGGCAAGUGAAGUGGCUCAUUAAUCGAUAUUCGGCUACAGUAGGAGUGAUUCUCUAUAGAAUUAUAAUGGUAUAACGAAAAUUCUAUUAAUUUACAGUAAUUGUCAACUGUAUACAACACGUUGAAUGUUUUACAAAUUCAAAGAUUAGAGAAAUUUAUUAAAAUACGUCAUGGGAUUAAAGAAUUUUCGUUACACGUAAAAAUUGUGCCUUUAACUUCUCAUUUAUAUUGUAUUUCGUUCGCAUAGCACCGUGAUACGUCACAGUAUAUCAUUAGUAUAUUUUAUCGUAAUAAAAUAUGUCCUCAUUUCUGAAAACCUU